AGAUACUAUCAAAGCUCUUCGUCAACACGUGGCAGGCAUCAUGGAGUCAGACGGCACGCUGGGAGGCGGCUCAAACUACGAGCAGUCUCUCGAACUCAGCAACCUACCCGACAAUACCACCUGGUCCCUCAAACACAAGGUCGAAGCCGUUCGACAGAGAGAUGAACGCUCAGGAUUCCCCGCCCGCGAGCUGGGCGUGACAUGGAAGAACCUCACGGUCCAGGCCGUCGGCGCCGAUGCGUCACUUCACGAAAACGUCAUCUCCCAAUUCAACAUCCCCAAGCUCGUCAAGGAGUCUCGUAGCAAGCCUCCUCUGAAGACCAUCCUGGAUAACACCCAUGGCUGCGUCAAGCCCGGCGAGAUGCUCCUGGUCCUCGGCCGUCCGGGGUCAGGAUGCACAACGUUGCUCAACAUGUUGGCGAACCACCGCCGAGGAUACACCUCAGUCUCUGGCGAUGUCCACUACGGCUCUAUGCCCGCCGAGGAAGCGCAGCGAUAUAGGGGUCAAAUCGUCAUGAACACCGAGGAGGAACUCUUCUUCCCUACCCUGACCGUUGGCCAGACUAUGGACUUUGCAACUCGCCUCAAGAUCCCUUUCAAACUUCCCGAGGGUGUUGCCUCCAACGAGGAGCUGCGCGAGGAGAACCGAGAUUUCUUGCUGGAGUCUAUGGGAAUCCAGCACACCUUCGACACCAAGGUCGGAAACGAAUUCGUCCGUGGUGUGUCCGGAGGAGAGCGGAAGCGUGUGUCCAUCAUCGAGACUUUGGCAACGAGAGGAUCAGUCUUUUGCUGGGAUAACAGCACCCGCGGUUUGGACGCCAGCACGGCCCUCGAAUAUACCAAGGCGGUCCGUGCCAUGACCGACGUCCUCGGUCUCGCAUCCAUCGUCACCCUUUACCAAGCAGGCAACGGUAUCUACAACCUCUUCGACAAGGUUCUUGUUCUCGACAACGGCAAGGAGAUGUACUACGGACCAAUGGAGGAGGCCAGACCCUUUAUGGAACAGCUCGGAUUCAUCUGCUCCGACGGCGCCAACGUCGCUGACUUUCUCACCGGUGUCACCGUUCCCACAGAAAGAGCGAUUCAAUCAGGAAAGGAAAAGACGUUCCCUCGCACACCCGAAGCUCUGAGAACCGAGUAUGAAAAGUCAGACAUCUACCCCCGGAUGAUGGCAGAAUACGACUUCCCGACCCUGGAGGAGACCAAGGAGAGGACGAGAUUGUUCCAACAGGGCGUCGCCAUGGAGAAGCACAAGCAGCUCCCCGCCAACAGCGCUCUCACGACGAGUUUCUAUAUCCAGGUCAGGGCCUGCGUCACCAGACAGUACCAGAUUCUCUGGGGUGAUAAGGCAACCUUCAUCAUCACGCAAGUGUCCACCUUGAUUCAAGCUCUCAUCGCCGGUUCCCUCUUCUACCAAGCUCCCAACACGUCUGGUGGUCUCUUCCUCAAGGGCGGUGCCCUCUUCUUCGCUCUCCUCUUCAACAGUCUGCUGUCCAUGUCCGAGGUCACCAGCUCCUUCACCGGCCGUCCCGUGUUGAUCAAGCACAAGUCAUUUGCCUACUACCACCCUGCCGCUUUCUGCAUUGCGCAGAUCGCUUCUGAUAUCCCGGUUAUCCUGUUCCAAAUCUCGGUCUUCUCUAUAGUACUGUACUUCAUGGUCGGAUUGAAGACGACGGCUGCGGCGUUCUUCACCUUCUGGAUUGUCGUUGUGGCAACUACCAUGUGUAUGACUGCGAUGUUCCGCUCCAUCGGCGCCGGCUUCCAGACUUUCGACGGUGCGUCAAAGGCCUCUGGUUUCAUGGUUACCGCUUUGAUCAUGUACUGUGGUUACAUGAUUCAGAAGUCUCAGAUGCACCCGUGGUUUGUCUGGAUCUUCUGGAUCAACCCUCUGGCAUACGCUUUCGAUUCUCUCAUGUCAACCGAGUUAUACGGACAACUGAUUCCCUGCGUUGGACCCAAUCUGGUGCCGAGCGGCCCAGGAUACACCGACUCUGCCCACCAGUCGUGUGCCGGUGUCGCCGGCGCCAUCCAGGGAUCAACCAGCGUCACCGGGGAACAGUACCUCUCCGCCCUGUCCUACAGCCACAGCCACGUGUGGAGAAACUUUGGCAUCGUCUGGGCCUGGUGGGUUCUCUUCGUCGUCCUCACCAUCAUCUCCACCUCGAGAUGGCGCUCGACCGCCGAGGGCGGAGCAUCCCUGCUCAUCCCCCGCGAGAACGCCCACGUCACCAAAGCCAUCCGCGACGACGAGGAAGCCCAAUCGUCCGAGGAGACCGCUGCCAGGAACGGCAAGAGCGACGAGAAGCAGGACAGCAGCAGUAACGAUGACAACCUCGUUCGCAACACCUCCAUCUUCACCUGGAAGAACCUCACCUACACCGUCAAGACCCCAUCUGGAGACCGCGUCCUGCUUGAUAACGUUCAGGGAUGGGUCAAGCCCGGUAUGCUCGGUGCCUUGAUGGGCUCCUCUGGUGCCGGAAAAACGACGCUUCUUGAUGUUCUGGCCCAGCGCAAGACCGACGGUACCAUUCAUGGAUCCGUCAUGGUCGACGGUCGGGAACUUCCCAUGUCCUUCCAGCGAUCCGCCGGAUACUGCGAACAGCUCGACGUUCACGAGGCGUACGCCACUGUCCGUGAGGCCUUGGAAUUCUCUGCCCUGCUCAGACAAAGCCGUGACAUCCCGCGCGCUGAGAAGCUCGCCUACGUCGACACCAUCAUCAACCUCUUGGAACUCCACGACCUCGCUGACACCCUCAUCGGAACCACCGGCAACGGACUCUCCGUCGAACAGCGAAAGCGCGUCACCAUUGGCGUGGAACUCGUAUCCAAGCCCAGCAUCCUCAUUUUCCUCGACGAGCCCACCUCAGGAUUGGACGGCCAGUCCGCCUUUAAUACUGUCCGCUUCCUCCGCAAGCUCGCCGACGUAGGCCAAGCCGUUCUCGUCACCAUCCACCAGCCGUCCGCCCAGCUCUUCUCCCAGUUCGACACCCUCCUCCUGCUCGCAAAGGGCGGCAAGACGGUCUACUUCGGCGAUAUCGGCGACAACGCAAAGACCAUCCGCGACUACUUUGGCCGCUACGGCGCCCACUGCCCCGAGGAAGCCAACCCGGCCGAGCAUAUGAUUGACGUCGUCUCGGGUCACCUCUCCAAGGGCAAGGACUGGAACGAAGUCUGGCUGGCCUCGCCCGAGCACGAAAACGUCACAAAGGAACUCGACCACAUGAUCCAGGACGCCGCCGCCAACCCCCCCGGAACCGUUGACGACGGCCACGAGUUCGCCCUCUCCAUCUGGGACCAGAUCAAGAUCGUCACCCACCGCAUGAACGUCUCCCUCUACCGCAACGUCGACUACGUCAACAACAAGUUCGCGCUGCACAUCUUCUCCGCCCUCUUCAACGGCUUCUCCUUCUGGAUGAUUGGCGAUUCGGUCGGCGAUAUCCAGAUGCGCCUCUUCACAAUCUUCAACUUCAUCUUCGUCGCCCCCGGCGUGCUCGCCCAGGUCCAGCCCCUCUUCAUCGACCGCCGCGACAUAUUCGAGACCCGCGAGAAGAAGUCUAAAAUGUACUCCUGGGUCGCCUUCGUCACCGGCUCCAUCGUCUCCGAGGUGCCCUACCUCAUCAUCUGCGCCGUCCUCUACUUCGUCUGCUGGUAUUACACCGUCGGCUUCCCCGGCGACUCCUCCCGCGCCGGAUCAACCUUCUUCGUCAUGCUCAUGUACGAGUUCGUCUACACCGGCAUCGGCCAGUUCAUCGCCGCCUACGCCCCCAACGCCGUCUUCGCCUCCCUUGUCAACCCUCUCAUCAUCGGUAUCCUCGUCUCCUUCUGCGGUGUCCUCGUCCCGUACUCCCAGCUCCAAAACUUCUGGAAGUACUGGAUGUACUGGAUCAACCCGUUCAACUACCUCAUGGGCAGCAUGCUCGUCUUCGACGUCUGGGGCACAAAGGUCGAGUGCAAGAGCAAAGAGUUUGCCCUCUUUGACCCGGUCAACGGCACGACGUGCGCGGAGUACCUGGCGGAUUACAUCCAAGGCAAGGGCUCCAGCAGCAACCUCAUCAACCCUGAGGCCACGUCCGGCUGCAGGGUCUGCCAGUACACCGACGGCAGCGAUUACCUAAGGACGAUCAACCUGAUGGAUUACUACUACGGCUGGCGCGAUGCGGCCAUUGUGGUCAUCUUCGCCCUCAGCUCGUAUGCCCUGGUGUACCUUCUCAUGAAGCUCCGAACCAAGACCUCUAAGAAGGCAGAGUAA